CAAAAGCCACAUGCAACCAUCUUCUGAACUCUCAAGCUCUUUUUAUAGUCAUGUCAUAUAUCUGCAUCCACUUUUGAAUUAACUUUAGAACAAUCCUCACUCAUUCAUGGCCUCCACUGUGGAAAUGCAGCCAUCUUAUAGUUCCAAGAAGCAAGACGAUGAUGAUUCAGAUUUCAAUUUCACAGAAUGGGGAGCAAAAGCUAGAAUCAGCAGAGAGAACAGCAAAUCCAGAAGGUACUCAGCAUCAUAUAUAAGAAGCUUUAGAGAAGACACAAGAUCUUUUAGAUCAAACAUAACCAUUUCUAGCACUGCUUCUUCACCCGGAUACCCUUUCAAAGUUUUUUUCACAGAUGAAAUAGACCCUUCAACCUACUCUUUCACCACUGCUCUAAAAGCAUUGCAAGCAAGAUCGGCCUAUAAAAGUUGGGAGUGCCUGUCACCAGAAGGUUUUGCCUUGAAUUCAAAGUGGAAUGAAGCAGAAAAAUACAUAUGCAACCCCUUUUCUGGGGAGGUACCAAUGGAGUGUUUAUCUGCUAAAACUCUCAGUGGAAGAUCAUUCAGAAACUCAGCAACAAACAGAACCACCAUGUCUGCUCCACUGGUCUAUUCCUCAAGACACAUGCAGACAAAGCCAUCAUCAACUUUCAACAAUUGCAUACAAGAAGAAGUAGCUCUUCAAUUUCACAUUUCAGAAAAGGGAAAAGAGGGAAUGACAAGAGAUGCAGCUACUCAAAGUACACCUUAUCUUAGUUCAACCAACCCCUUCACUGAUAUUACUCCAUCCAUCACAAAGUUAUCUCACAACUCACUAAAUUCAAAUACCAAAACUGUUACUGAGAAACAGAUGGAAGAGAAGAAGGAUAAAGAGGAAAAAUGGGACACUGUGAGAGAAGUGAAUGAGAAUGUGAAGAAAGAUGAAGAAGACAAAGUUUGCCAGCAAGGUCGAGGGUGCUUUUCAUGGUUAAGGAAGAAAACUCAGAGAGAGAAAGAGAGCCAAACAAAGGAUAACAUCUUUUUCACUCACUUCAAACUUUGCUAGAGAAAAAAAAAAGAUAAACUAUUACUACAGUUAUAUAAUGGAGAGAGAUAGAUCGAUUCAUGGUGUUGUUCUUUUCCAAAUUUCUCUCUCAUUUAAUCUCUUCAUCAA